UGAACGCCUACUUGCCCAGGACUUCUCAGUUCCUUGCUAUACACGUCGUUUCCUUCUCUUUCGCCCUUUUGCGUCACUUUCUCGGGAAAACAACCCCGAAAAUUCUAAAAGAUCCCGAACCGUACCAACCAUGGACAGCGACAAACUCAACUCUAUCCUUGCGGCGCAUAGGCGUGAGGUUCUGGCGGCGAAAGCCCUAAACUCUGAUCUUGAUUUUGCGUUUAACCUCCAAAUGCAGGAAGCCAUAACCGCCUCGCUCGCUCUCAAACCCUCCGCAUCUCCUCCGCGAAACAAGGUUAUAUCGGAAGAUGACGCCGAUUUUGACUGCAUUGCGCUCAUGCUGGAAGAUAUCGAGCGAGUCCAUCAGGAACUCAGAGACCGGGAGGAAACCGAGAGAGAAACGCGAAAGAUGAAGGAAGAUCUCAACCGUAGAAUCCACGAUCAGAAGUUCGCAAACGAGAUUAAGAGUAUUUCCGAUGACUGGUGGCGAGAAUAUGGUGACAACUAUCACAAGCCGUACCGUUCUGGGUCUUCUUCUUCUACGUCUUCGUCUUCAGGUAUGAUGAUAGGGAAAGGGAAAGAGAGCUUUCGGUUGUAUUUCAAAGGUUUGGUCGGUGAAGAGAGGGUUAGAAAUAUUAGAGUGAUGGUGGCGAGUGUUGGAGUUGCCAUUUGCGACCCGAAAGAUAACUUGAUAUGGGAGGUGAAGAAGGGUUUGGAUUUGGAAGGUGGGAAGGUCAUGAGUGUUCAAAUGGCGGAGAUUGAAGCUUUGGUUCAAGGGCUUGAUGCAGCUUUGAGUUUGGAUUUGAAAAGUGUCAACAUUCUCUGUGGUGACUAUAUGGUUACAGGAAGAGUGGAACCAAGAGAGAGGAGCAUUGCUACAUUAGUGAAUCAGGUGGCUCUUCUUCAAAAGAAAUUCAUAUAUUGCGAGCCAUCUCUUGUCCCACUUAGUGAUAUUAAGUUUGCGUUCAAAUUUGCAAGAGAUGCUAUAGUUUCUCAGAUUGCAUGGCCUGUGGAAACUAGUAAAGGCAAGAGUUUGAAGGAGACUUGUGUAAUCUGUUUUGAAGAUAUUGAUGUUGAAAAGAUGUUUCUCGUUGAUGGCUGCUAUCAUAGGUAUUGCUUUUCUUGUAUGAAACAGCAUGUAGAAGUGAAAUUACUAAAUGGGAUAGUGGUCACUUGUCCUCAUGAAGAGUGUAAAACAGAGAUAAAUAUUGCUACUUGUGGAAAUUUCUUGGAUCCAAAAUUAGUUGAGAUCAUGAGCCAGCGCAGGAAGGAAGCUUCUAUUACUGCAACUGAGAAAGUUUAUUGCCCAUAUCCUAGGUGUUCAGCAUUAAUGUCAAAAACUGAGGUGCUAAGGCAUACUAAUCUUUUUCGUGUUGGUGCUGAGCAUUCUGGAGAAAGAAAAUGCAUGAAAUGUGGUUUCUUUUUCUGCAUUAACUGCAAGGCUCCUUGGCAUGACAACAUGACCUGCAAUGAUUACAGUAGAUCAAAUUCUCAUAAAAGAACUGGAGAUGCAAUGUUGAAGUCUCUUGCAAAACAGAAACUAUGGCGCCAGUGUGUGAAGUGCAGUCAUAUGGUUGAACUAUCCGAAGGUUGCUACCACAUCACUUGCAGAUGUGGAUACGAGUUCUGCUAU